AUGAAGGAGGGUUAUGAAGAAGAUAUACCGGAGAACAUGAGGAAGAUGGAUGAGGCGGAAAUAGCGAAACAACAGUUGGCACCGGACGAGGAGAUGGAGUCAUCAUCAUCAGACGAAGGUAGCAGCACCAAGAACGGUGAAGAAGAUGAUGACUUUACUCCGGGGUACAUCGGCCUGGGACUGACUGAGUUUAACAAACGAUUGCGGCGAAGGGAUUCGAAGGUAGACAAAGAAAAAUCAGUGGCCAAAGACAAAGAUAAACCUGAAACGAAGAAGGACAACGAAGAGGACUGCAUCACCAUCAGUGACGAUGAAGAAGUUCGAGAACCUUCAAAUUUCACAGCCGCUGCUGGGAUGGGAGCAAAUGAAUUUAAAUCAAAAUAUAGGUCUGUCCGUAGUCUGUUCGGUGAGGAUGAAGCCUGCUACAUCAUGGACGCCAAGGUUCAAGGGAAUAUUGGAAGAUAUCUAAAUGUAAGGGAAUGUACGAUAAGUACGAGUAAGGCUGCCAUCGAGAAAGAUGAAACAUUGACAAUAGAAUUAUUCAUCUUCAGUAUUUAA